GUGAUCCUGCUUUCUGCAUCCACGGCCGUGGGUUCGAUUCCCACAACUGGAAAAUAUUUGUGUGAUUAGCAUAGGUUUUUUCCAGUGUCUGUGUGUAUUUAUACAUUAUAUAAGUAUUUAUAUGUAGUAUAUAAAUGUAUAUGAAUAUUAUAAUAUCAACUAUCUUAGUACCCAUAACACAAGCUACUCUGUAUGCUUACUUUGGGGCUAGAUAGUGAUGUGUAUUGUUUAAGUAUAUUAAGUAUAUUUAUCAAAUUUAUUUAUCAUUAUCACCAACAUCAUGGUGAUGAGGUGAUGAUGAAAAAUCAACUUGAUUCUUUUAAAACAGAUAUAUCUACGGUAACGAAAUAUAAACGUAUUGUGGCCCAAAUUACUUAUAAUUAUUACACGAACUACUUACCUGAGUCUAUUAAAAGAGAGAGAAGAGUACCUAAUCGAUUUUCUUCGGAAAAUAUCAACAAAUUAUUCUCUCUUUCUGAUAUUUUAGAUCACUGUCAACAAUUUCAUCCACCGCACGAUGUUAUACAUCUUCUACUGGCCGCAUGGAGAAGUUAGCAAGUUCUUUCUCGCCGGCAUCAAGGAAGCUAUACGAGUGGUCGUUCUUACGAACCCAAGAGAAGGAGUGUUUCGCCUCUACUACAACCAAGCCACACCUAACAAGCUCAAUCACCUAACGCUAGUCAACUGGUGGUCCGGACGCCUCUACAAGUCACCGUCUCUGCCGCCCGCUGAUAAAGUCUAUCAUGACUUUCAGGGAAGGGUAUUCAAUGUACCCGUAUUGCACGCGCCGCCGUGGCACUUCGUGCGGUACUACAACGACUCCACUGUCAACGUGACUGGCGGUAGAGAUGACAAACUGCUCGCUCUGCUGGCCAAGAAGCUGAACUUUAAGUAUAAAUACUAUGACCCACCGGAGCGCAGUCAAGGCUCAAGAAUAUCUGGGAAUGGAACGUUUAAAGGAACUCUCGGCUUAAUUUGGAAACGUAAAGCGGAUUUCUUCCUCGGUGACGUGACAAUGACCUGGGAACGACUUCAAGCGGUAGAAUUUUCAUUCUUAACGCUGGCAGACUCUGGAGCCUUCCUGACCCAUGCCCCGGAUAAGUUAAGCGAGACCCUGGCUAUCAUCAGACCGUUCCAAUGGGAGGUUUGGCCUCUAGUGGGAGCCACUCUGCUCAUCACCGGGCCAGCUCUGUGGAUAGUGAUCGCCGCCCCGUCGCUAUGGCAACGCCGCAAGCGAGACCACCUCCAACUGUUGAACGACUGCUGCUGGUUCACCACCACCUUAUUCUUGAGACAAACGACCACAAACGAGCCAUCCAAAACCCAUAAAGCGCGACUCGUGUCCAUCCUGAUAUCUCUGGGAGCUACAUACGUCAUCGGGGACAUGUACUCGGCUAACCUGACGAGUCUACUAGCCAGGCCGGCUAAAGAGCAGCCCAUAGGCACACUGCAGGCUUUAGAAGUGGCUAUGCGGGACAAGGGAUACGAACUAGUUGUUGAGCGACACAGUUCGUCGUUAGCUAUUUUGCAGAACGGCACAGGUGUAUACGGUCGUCUCGCUCGUCUCAUGCGACGACAGCGCGUGCAACGCGUACGCAGUGUCGAGGUCGGAGUACGCAUGGUACUGUCCAAGCGACGCGUCGCCAUACUGGGUGGUAGAGAAACUCUCUACUACGACACUGAGAGAUUUGGUUCCCAUAAUUUUCAUCUCAGCGAAAAAUUAUACACAAGGUACUCUUCUAUAGCGCUUCAAAUUGGCUGCCCAUACUUGGAGACUUUUAACAACAUCGUAAUGACCCUUUUCGAAGCUGGUAUAUUAGCAAAAAUGACGACCGACGAAUACAAGAACCUUCCAGAACACUCGAGAAGGUCAGAACCCGUUACGGAGAGUGAAAGCAAGGAGAGUAACGAUCCUGUGGAAAACACUGGAACGGGACAGACGCAGUCCGACUCGACGAUAGGGCUCGAGCCCUUGUCGCUGGCUAUGUUCCAGGGCGCAUUUUGUCUACUCAGCAUGGGAUAUCUGUUAGCUGCCAUAGCUCUAACCGUUGAAAUUCAACUACAUCGUCGAAGGAUGAAUCGUAAGACAAUACAUCCGGUGGAGAAGUCGACCGCCAGGCGAUCUGCUAGAAUGUUUUACUUGAAACAACACUUCGACAGAAUGUUCCGAAUCAUCUAUGUAUUCAUUGAUAGAGCUUUGGGACAUGAUGCCAGAGAAUAAAUGUGAUUUAUUUAGUACGGGAUCAUCAAACAUGUUUAACAACUGAUUCAUCAUCAUCAAUAUCAAGCCAUAUUCGGCUCACUGCUGUGCUCGAGUCCUCCGAGGGGUUAGGCCAAUAGU